UGAACACUGAGGUUCGCUUGGGGAAACACUGUUUACGUUAGGAGACAUUUUCAAUAAAAGAAAAAAAAAUUAAGGAAUUGUAUGGAAUUUGCUUGACAGAUUUUGAGAACUUGUUAAACAUUUUUAUAUGUAAUGACUCAAGCAAUGAAAUGAGGACUAUUAGUUUUAUAGGAAAUGACAAUUCAGCAUUCAUAAGUAUGUUUCAUUUUGACUGACAUGGCGUAAGAUGAUGAUGAUGAUAAUGAUAUAAAACAGAAGAGAAUUGUGAAAGCAACUGAUGCAUGUCCAAAAGCAUUUGCAACUUGAUGAAGGGAAUGAGAAACUGCUACUAUGAUGUGCACAAACGACUGAAUGUUGUAGAGGUUGAACUAACUGUUGUGCAAAUGUUAAAAGCGAUGUGAGAAAUGCACCAAAACAACUAAGAGAAACUGUAAAUGCAAAGACUCGGUAAACCUACAGUGGGCCCAACUUUCACCUCUAAUAUUCCAGCUUUCACAUGCCCUACCUGAACUGAACCCUUCAGACUCUCCUCCUCCUCCCUGUUCGGGCUACACCCCUUUAUCGAGCUGCACACAUUCAUGUGGGACCAUUCUGAUUCAGCUCACGAGCUGACGGAGGGAGCAGAGGAAAGGGUACGAGAGCGGGAGAGAAGAAGCCAGCGGAGUUUUGUUAUGGAAAAGUUUGUUUAGAUGCGAUGUUCAGGGAGCAACGGAAAACUUCAUGACACAUGCUUUAUUAACGGUGAGUUGUUUUCUCUCAGUUUGAUUUGUUUGAAAGAAAGAAAAAAGAUAGAUAGAUAGAUAGAUAGAUAGAUAGAUAGAUAGAUAGAUAGAUAGAUAGAUAGAUAGAUAGAUAGAUAGAUAGAUAGAUAGAUUUAAAAAUCCACCAAGCGAAUUUAAAAAAAGGAGAACUAAAAUGAAAAUGCUUUCAUGAUUUCAGUGUAAAUGCAAAUCUGCGUGCACUUAGAAUAGUCUAGAGUACCGAGAAAUUCUUUUACACACCAUCUUAUCUGAUAAAACCAGACAGGUGGCUGUUUUUUUAAUGUGGUUCAAAGAGAGUCUGAGUUUAUACAUUUUCUAUUAUUUUCUUUUAAAUUCCCAAUUACACAGACACUGAUCAAGUCUUAAUAUACAUCUAUGAUCCUAUAGGACUGUGUGAAACUGAACAGGUUUUUAUAGGAUUUUCUUUCCUCCUUACAAACGAAAAAUAGGGCCUAAGUUGGUCAAGGACAAAACAGAUGUGUUUUUUUUUACAGAGAAGCACAGUUCUUAUUUCUAGAGGGUCAUUUUUUUUAACCAUGCAUUAAUAUUAUCAGUUAUUUCUAAAUACUGGAUUUAUAAUUUCUCUUUUUUAUCCCAAAAGCACAUCAAUUACAUUUCAUACAAUUUGGCACAUAAAACACUGUAUCUGUGAACUGUCCCUUGUUUUGUUUUUAAAGCUUUUUAGCCUUUUUUUAUAUUAGAAAUAACCAUCACAUAAAGCUCAACAGUUGAAGCAUGCACAUGGCCGAUUCAUAUCUUAAAUUGUAUGAUAACGACAAUUACAGUAUCAUAAAAUAGACAAUUAGCUCUGUCAACUAAGAGCUGUUGAAAAGACACUGUCGUGUGUUGACGUGGACCCAACCUCAAAGAAGAAGUCAACUGUCCCCAACUAUUUCCUGUUCUCCUGCCUUCUUGUCACAGGUUGACAGUGGGGUUUUCUCACACAGCUUGCAAAUCAACAUUCAGCUCAGGUUUAAAACAUCCCGUUUGUUGUGCAGGUUGUGCAGUGAAGCAGGGCAAUAAAUGUCUCUGAUAGUGGCAUUCAAACCUGUCCACACAUGCUCUUUUCUGGAUCUUUAACUCCUGAUUCUUUAGAAACCUGGUAAGAUUUUAUCAUUUUAUCUUCGGCUUUAAGGGAUUUGGAGAUAUGUCUCAUAAAUAAUUUGAAUCUUAAUUAAAUGUCUAAUUCUAUUCAAGCAUUUUGGAUAUCCUAUUCAAAACGUUUGCCUUGAUCUCCAACGUACUUGAUUCAUGUAAUGCUGAGACACACAAGGAAAUAAACAAUUCUGAGGAGAAGACUGCUUGAACAAAAAAAAUCCCCCAAGAUCAAAUCAAGUCCAACAAGAAACUGCCGGUGAACAAAGCUUUCACACAACACAAACCUUUAUUGCCCAAUAGCUCAGACCGGUGGGUGACAAAAAUCCUCGUGAUUUCCCAUGUCUUUUCUGCCAGUAGAAACCUGGCACUGCUGUCAAAUGAUGUGUCUAAACAUGUUAACAAAAAUAUUUUCUGUGACCCAUUCUGUCUCUGAUGCAUUUCAACAUACCAUAUUUCUCACAGUCACUAAACCCCUGUCAACUCCAGGACUUAGUCACAUCCAGAGGUGCCUUCAGUGUGGUUUGCUCUCUAAUCACACUCACAGUUUAUUUCCUCCCCCUCUCUUUCUGUGCGGGGACGUGCCUGUCACUGUGGCUGUUCAUGCUGCAGAGGCUCAAUAGUGUGACUUCACUUGGGCUGGUCGGAGCGCUACUUUCAAUACCCCAUGGUGUUGGCUAUUGUAAGUGCUGCCAUCGACUAUACCCCCUUUAGCACACAGGCUCCAUUCAGAAGGUUAUUGAGCAGGGAUUGCCUUAAUGCCCAAAGAAACUCUUUUCCCACUGCCUCAUUUGCUUUCUGUCACACUCAUCCGUUUCUCCUUCCUUUGCUCCCCAGGUUUGAAGAGGUGAACGAGGUCGAGCGUCUUCUCAGUACCUAUAGAAAACAUUAUUCAGGCUUCCUCCGUCCUGCUUCGGGCUUGGUGUAUCAGGUGUCUUAACAGAACCAACACUGUGAAUGAGGAGGGGAAGGGAUGCCUCAAGAAGAAAGCUGGUGCAGGGUGUGCAGCAGGGGCUUGUAUAGCUGCCACUGGAAGCAAUCGAGUAUAAAUAAGAGAAAAGUGAGUAUUGAUAACCAUAUCUGUGUGAAUUAUUUGAAAAUAUUAAUGUUAUACAUGACCGCAGGGGGGUUCAGAUCUGACCCAGUUUAAGUUUUAGGUCAGUUGUACUCCUACUUUUACAAAUCCUGUAAUCCGGGAUCAAAAUUCCACAAGACUGCAUUCAGGAAUAUACAUCAUGACAGGUCAACUUUGUAUUACAGGUCAACUUUGUUUCUGUCGUGUUUUUAGAAUAAAGUUUAAGAAAAAGUGUUUAAAAAAGGCUCUCAGCAGAUUUUUGAAAGGGAAACUUUUUAAUGUCGUGAUGAAAAUAGAACAUGCAGAAGUGUGCCAGUCACAAUGAGUAAACUCACAGGACUAAUCGACCUCCAAUAGACUAAUCUGGAUUAAAGAGGUGCUUUUUUUCUUUUCUUUUCUCCUUUUUUUUCUAAAUUGAGUGAACGGUGUUAAUUGCCAAAGAGCAGGACAGGCUGUGUUAACUUGCCAUGGCACAAUUCAGGGCACAAACCCAACUCCAAGAAAUGUUGGCAUGAAGCCACCGUCUUUUGGAUCUGAUUCUCCUUUGGCAUCCUUGCACCAUAUUUACACACAUGCACACCUCAUUCCAAAGAUUGUGAUUGUAAGCUGAACCAUCAUGACUUUUUAGCUCUGCUGGAAAGCGUGAAAAGCUAAAACCAUUAAUAUUUCACCUGCUCUUUUUUUCACAUUAGUGUCCAUGCUUCUGGUUCACAGUCCUCACUGUGGUCUCCCUGCUCUCCCUGUGCUGGAUGUACGUUUGUCUGGUUACUCUAAACGACCAAGAUGAUGUGAACUGGUGAGUGAUCACAGACAAACACACUCUUUCACACACACACACACACACACACACACACUCGGCCCACAUUGAACGUGGAACAAAAGCCCAGAAUCCUGUCUUUUCUUCUCUUUAUUGACGACCUUUAUUCUGCUAACCUCGCGCUGCCCUCUUUUGUUAACAGGCAGGGCUUUGCAAAACUGAAGCGGUGGGUGAACUGGUUCAUGGUGCUGAUCAUCAUCUCUGCGACGAUUACUAGCUACUGCAUCCUGCUGCUGGUGAGAAUCAUUGAUACUGUUGUGUUGGAGGGGGAUAAGGGAACACAGGACUCUCAUGAGACUGGUUAAUAUCUGGCAUGAGAUUGGAUUUUUCUCCAGUAUCGCCAUUGAAUAAUAAUGCAGCCAUUGUUUAGAAUACAGACACACACUAAAUGAAUCUGAUCAGCAUUGAAAUGAAUGUAAAUAAACCCGUUUAACAUCAAGAAUUAAGUCAUGUAACACAUCUCACUGCAGCUCUUUGCGCUGUUCCAAGUCAUCCUAGGAGAACCACUCAACUUACACUGGCUACACAAGGUAUUGCAAAGAUUCAACAGUUUGUCCUAAAUAUGCACCUAUCCACUUUUAUUGUUGAAUUUCAUAUUUGCUUCUCCGGGGCACAGAUUUUACUGUUUUUGGGAGCGAUAUUCAUCGCUUUCGGGGUCACGGGAAUCAGUCUGGAGUGGCGACAAGAAUGGCCGACUGUUCCGCUUUCCCUCCAGGUACAGUCAGAGUCGAACCUCAGGACUUUGAUUUUCAUACAGCUCUUUUCAGCAGAGUUCAUAUGUGUGUGGUGUGUGUUGACUUCUUUGCAGGCCACAGCUCCUUUCCUACAGUUUGGUGCUGUUGGAGCUUUAACCCUGCUGAGCCCAUUCGUGUUCAGGGGUUUCCACGCAGCCAAGGAAAACUGUAAGAAUCAACCAUCGUUUUUUACCAUUUUCUCGUUUUAAUAUACCCCCUCCCUUGUCAUUAUUACUCUUAUCUUAUUUUAUUAUUUAUGUAUUUAUUGUCUCUUUUAUCUGUCCUAUGUCCACCUUCUUCUUUUCCAUCUUCCUGAUGUAAAGCCCUCAACUGUCAAUUUUUAACCUUCAAUUUUCCUUUGUUUGUUUCAUCUGUUAAAGCACUUUGUAAACAUCUGUUUUAUAGGUGCUAUUUAAAUAAAUAAAGUUAAAGUAAGAGCAAAUAAUGCCAAAGCUUAUGUGCAGUUCCAGAGUUUCUCUGAUUCACAGACGGAUUCGUUUAUUGGCCUCCAGUCUACAUUUACUGUAUUUACAUCAAAAGGUUAAAGCACACACCUUUUUGUCAUCUUUAAAAAUUACACAGCAAGCAUAUUUGUGUCAAUGCACAUUAGACCAAAUGGCUAACGCUAUUGUAAUUUGCAUCCUCUGAAGUCUUAUGUAAAAAAAAAUCCAAACAUGAAAAAGAGUACAGGGAUUUGAAAGGCGCAGAUAUUUUUGAUACUCCCUCAGAACAAAUAGUACUCUUUGUUUACUCAAUCUUCUGAAGGCACUUCUGAAGAGGUCCUUUGUUUUCUCACAUCAGAGUUGAAAAAGGAUCAUGAUAUUGUUUGACUUUUGUUCUCACCAGGGUCUAAGUUCCUUAUCGCUGUGGUGUUUGCCGCGGUGUCAGCAGCCAUCUUCCUGUGUCCCCACUACAUCCAGUCUCCCUGUCUGAUAAAGGUGCAAGAGUUACCGAAGAAACCAAAGCUUAUUGGGCACAGAGGAGCACCCAUGGUAAGCAUACUGUCGCACUUGACUGGGACUACAUAACCUCCUGUAGUGCUGCUUUAAGUAGAAAGCUGCUGAGGUUGAGAUUAAACAGGAAUAUUGAGUCUUUGUUGUUCAAAUCAUUAAAGCAAGAUAGUUCAAUGAUGAUUAAAAACAACUGAGUGGAUAUUUCUUCCUUUUUAUGUGGGAAAUUAGGUGCAUAGAUCACUACCUCUCAACCAUACUCUAAGGAAAGAAAUCACCAAAAGUGAAAGAUAUAGAAUUAACACUUUUUAAAGUUUAAACAAAGAUGAUAUAUUAUUCAGUUGAUCAAGCUCUGGAGUUGGGGGUUGUUUAGUUUAUUUACCUCUAGCCUGGAUCUGGCUGGCUGUUUCUGCUGUCUCCUGGGAAUAUUCUACAUUCCUCACGGGCAUACUGUCCUUAAAUUUGUUCACCAGUCUGCACAAGACAAUAAUCGCUACUUUCAGUGCAAACAUUUUAUUUAAGGUUUACAUUUGAACACGAGUUUGUUGGGACUUUUAUUUUACAAAUGUGUGUAAUUUAAUAAAUUGUAAGAAGAAUUUGAAAAAGAAAGAAAUAAAAAACAAAAUAUGUUGAUAGGACAUCAAAUGAGGCACAAACAUUGGCAUGGCCUCCCAUACUUCCUUACUAAGAUAAGAUAAGACAAGAUAGGAUAAGAUAAGAUAAGACAAGAUAAGACAAGAUAAGAUAACAUAAGAUAAGACAAGAUAAGAUAAGAUAAGAUGAGAAGAACUUUAUCUAUCCCUGAACUGAAAUUUUGUGUGUCUGUCUGUACUGUGUGUCACCCCAGUGUGGAAUCGAACCUAUGCCUGCUAUCUUCUGUCAUUCAGAACAAUCUGUUUACUUAUGUUAUACGAUAAAUCAUUCUAUAAGUGGCUCAGGUGGGAACAAAUGUCAAGUCAUGUAAGGCCCCACAUUUCACUCUGCCCUGUCCUUGAUGGUUACCUCUGAUCCUGAGUCACCAAUAAGCCCAAAUUAACUCUGUGUGCAAAAGUUAAGUCAUGUUAGUUAAGGGCACUUGGUGAGUUUUUCUGCACACAAGUGUGUCUCACAUGUCUGUUCUUGUUCUUGCUGUGUUUAGCUUGCCCCAGAGAACACAAUGAUGUCGUUCAACAGUAGCAUCGAGUGUGGCGUCACAGCCUUCGAGACGGACGUACAGCUCAGGUACAGUGAAGAUGGUGUUACAUGGAAAAAGCUUUUGUAGAGUUUGAUAUGAACUCUAGUCCAGUCCCCUGCUGUUGAAGUGGCUUGAGCACUGGAUAAAAUAAAUCAAGUUCACAUUGAUAAAAUGGACUCUGAAAUAUCUAAAAAGCUGAUCCUGAAAACAAUGUCCAAGUUCGUUAAAACAGGCUUUUCUUGUUCUUAUACCAACCAAUCUUACAAUUCUGUAUACAAUAACAGCACUCUCCUCUCUCCAUGUAGACACAAAGUUUAGUAAAUAUAACAGCAUCAUUUCAAAUAAGUCUAAUAAAUUGUGUGUUUUCCUGUUCUUUCAAAUUAGAAGUCUUGUUCUUGACAUACAAAAGCCUCUUUAUUUACCUGUAUUUGGUAAUACAGUGAAAAUCUGUUCCUAGGUCUAUGGGUCAUGGUAAUCCAUUAAAAUGUUGCUUUGAAAUAACAACAAAAAAUUCUGAUUAUUCAGUGGGUAUGAAAUUUAUGCUUUGCUUUUCAUAUCUUAAAUGUUAGUUCACUGUCAACAGUGCCGCUGAGUUUUGGUUUUGAAUUGUUAAUAUUUUGUAGCUCACUUUUGCGUAUCACUUUUUGGGGUAUUUAUUUAAUAAUCAAAAUCUUCUGUUUUUUUUCUGACCAGUUGUUGCUUCUCUAUAAGAGCAAUAAAUGACCUAAUUACGGCUCUCACAGUUUAUAUUUUGCUGUAUUUAUUACUCAGUGGAGACGGAGUUCCCUUCUUGAUGCACGACCAUAAAGCUGAGUUCCUGCGAAGAACGACAAACGUUAAAGAGAAGUUUCCCGACAAGUAUUUCAACCACAGCAGCAACUUGACCUGGGCGGAGUUACAGAGUCUGAAUGCAGGUGAAUGGUUCAUAAAGGUGAGUGCAGCCAUUGGACACAUGCUUUUCCACAGACUCACAAAGAUUUCUGUGAAACUGGGUUACAUGCUGCAUUCACAGGAUGAAUGUAUAAUCUGAUUUUACAGGCAGACCCUUACGGUUCAGUGUCCAUGCUGACAGCAGAGGAGAAGAGAGAAGCCCGCAGACAGACUAUACCAUCCCUACUUCAACUGUUAAACCUUGCCAAGCAGUACAACAUCUCAGUGUUAUUUGAUUUGUAUAGUUCUGAUGUGGAAAAUUGCACAGAAGACACAGUCAGCACUAUCUUAAGUUCUGGCAUUGACCAAAGUCUGGUAAGCCUGGUUUUAAUCCCAUAAAUCGAUGGAGGUAUUUCAUAAUGUUUCCCUUAACUGCUCAAUCCUGCCUUUUACAGAUCCGCUGGCUCCCCUCCAAAAACAGAGACUAUGUAAUUCAGACCACUCCAGGCUUCAUCCAGGUCUAUGACAACAUAAGAGACAUGCUUAACGGAACGGGAAAAUAUCUAAAUAUGAAAUACAACAAGUUGGGUAUGAAGCAAGUCAGGUAAGAAAUAAAUGUCAUAUACACCCAUUACAAUCUUUGUGGUAGUGCCGUGGGGCUCGCACUGUAGCGUGAUGAUUAUAAGUGGGAGUGUUGUGAUCUUAGACGCAGUGUUGGCACUGAAAAGCGAGGCCUCAAGGGAAUGAGAUUCAAAUUAAGUCCCAACCCAGCAGUGUUGUUUUAUGGUUGCACAGACCAUCUUUUAAAGAUGAAUAACAAAUUCAGUGUUGCAACAUGUUUGAGGUGCUGCAGAAAGUGCUAAAUGAUCUCUCUGAACAAGGGCUGUUUGCUAUAUGACAGAGACAUGUCUUCUUCAUAAGAUAUGUUCUCUAAUCAGCAGUGUUUACAUAGAUACAUGUCAGAUGUUACACCUUUGAUCAAACGCAUGAGCUCUCAAACAGUGAAAUGCAGUAUGGUAUAGAUGCUUCUCUGAUCAUAAUACCUGUGAUAUCAAAGCGUGCAGGAAAAGUGUAUUUACUUAGAUUGUGUAAGCAGCAGUGUUGUAUAAAGUACUAAACAAUUAUACUUUAGUUGAAGUAUAGUUACCUUAAGUGACUCAAGUCAUAGUUAAAUUCUUCCAUGAGAAUUCUACUUGAGUCGAAAUCUUAAAAUAUACCAUUCUCUCUACUUAAGUAUCAAAAGUACUCAAGUAAAUGUACUUCAAGUAAAAGUCAAAAUAAAUAUAUUCUUAUUUUUUGCUAAAGUCACUAAUGCCCAAAUAAGCACACAUUUCAGGUGGGUGCAAGCGACAACUUAGAAAUAUAAAUGGACAGACGGCUUGAGUGACUGAUUGACGAUGAUCAAGCGCAAUGCAAAUAAACAUAAGGUAAAAGGGAAAAAAGUUUUUCCCCUACCCGCUCUCAUAGUAACGUAGUCAAAAUAGUAGUAGUGAAGAUGCUUCUGUGAAAUAUAGUGGAGUAAAAGUGUACUUUUAUUUUUAGAAAUGUAGUCAAGUAAAAGUAAAAGUUACAGGCACAAAAAAAAAACCUCCAGUAAAGUACAGAUACUUCAAAAUUAUAUUUAAGUACUGUACUUAAGUAAUGCUACUUACUUACUGUUCAACACUGGUUAGCAGUUACCCAGUGGUGCUUCGGUGCUUAUAUCAGAUUUAUUGUUUCAUCUGAAAGUAUAUAAAAGGACAAAAUUGUUUCGUGAGUUUAGCAUAAGUUUUAUUCGGUUGACUUAUUACUUUUGAUCACGAGCACUGAGGAACAUAAACAAUUGGAGAGCACACACACACAUACACGCACACACACAAACACACACUCUCACUCAUGACAGAUUUGUUAGAUUCACUUUUUGGAUGGGCCUCAACGGUAUCAAGAUGUUUAAUCUGUGUUUGCACACAUUUCACACAAAUGAGUGACAUGAGAAGAUAAUAGUGCAAGGUGAAGCUCUUUUUAAACAGCGUACUCAUGGGUAACCUCAAUAUAUUUGAACAGACAUGCCCAGAGCCAAUCACUCAUCAGCCACAUAUUGUUUUCACAGAACCAGUGCCUCAUUCCUACAACAGUGGAGGAGCUAAAAUGAGAUUUGCAUCAGCAUGCGUUGUCCUACAAACCUGCUUUUUGAAUCUUUGCUCACAAGUAUGAGGGACUCAAUGAGUGAAGAAUUCAGUAAUAACAUUUGGUCAGAUUUUAUAUGUUUGUGUAAACAUCACAUUAUCGCUGAACUCCCCAUCCUGAGUGUGAGGAUAGGUGCAGUGAUAGAGAACAAAUACCUGUUUUCAGAUGAACUAUUUCUGGCUCCUUCUGUGACAGUCUCUUCUCAAUGUUUUGUUUUUGUCUGACAGCGAUCUCCGGAGCAUGAACAUUUCAGUGAACCUAUGGGUGGUGAAUGAACGCUGGCUCUUCUCCCUGCUGUGGUGUGCAGGGGCCAGCUCUGUCACCACCAACUCCUGCCACGUCCUAAAAGACAUGGCUGAGCCCGAUUGGCUCAUGGUGAGCACAACAUGCUGCUACACAUACAGCUCAGGCAAUCAUGCAGCCAAUUUCACUAUCCACCAGUCAAAGCAUUUAUGUAAGAGAAAAGGAUGGUGACUCAUCUUGACCUUGUUGGCAUGUCUGUGCCUUUCAGGCUCCAGAUACAUACAAAAUGAUAUGGAUCAUUGUUGAUGUUGCAUCUUUUGUGAUAAUGGUCGCUCUCUACAUUUUUCAACGGUAAGCUGAGCACACGUUUGCGCAAUUGUCUCUGUUGCAUGAAAAUGUCUAUGACUGACACAUCCACUCGACUGUUUCUGCCAGGAAAACACACUGUUUCUGUCACAGAGAAGGUACAGUAUGUUCAUACUUAAACAAGUUAGCACUAGGCAAAAUUAACAUACUGAUCUUUAGUUUAUUUACGCCAUUAACAAACUAAUCUUCACGUUUAUCACACUAUUACCCACAUGUCAUUUAUUAGCAUAUUUGGUUUGUGACAUCUUAAAAUUCUUACUCCUUAUCACACUUUUAAACUCACUGUCCCAUCAAUCAAAGAAAUCUAACCUUUAACAAUUGAUUAGUCAAGACUACUUUGCUUCUUAAUCUCCUGUUAAACGACUAACACAUUAACCUAUUUCAGCUCCUUGUUAAAUAUGAACAGUAAUGUGUAACAAACUCAUUUUAACAUUAUUGGCAUUUGGGUGUUUUACAUAAUGUUCCAUCUCUCAGAAAUCUAAGUGGAUUUACUGCUUUACAUAAAUCCUUGCACAAGAAUAAGUUUAUACUUGAAUAUUUCAAGUACUGAUAUGUAUCACAGGUAAAAAGUAGAUUUCAGAACAAGAUUAAAAUGUUAAAACAAUCACAAAGUUGAUCAUAUUGGAGGCAAUGAAAACUAACAUUUAUAAAAAACCCACUAAAUACAAUUCAAAGUAACUUUUGACUCCAAGACCAAUCAGAGCAACAACAUGUGCAAUGGAGUUGCUAGGCUACACAGCUAUCACCUCACUCAAAUGACUUGAAAUUCAACGUACCACACAAAUAGUAGAUAACACCUACAGUUUGACUGUGGCAAGAGCUAAUGUUUGUUUUUUAAUAACAUCACUGUCACAGAUUCAAUUUUUUAUAAAGGAAGGGACUUUGAUUAAAAAAGGGGGGAAAGGUAAAUAACAAAAGUCCAACAAAAAUUAAAAAUCAGAAAAACACUAAACCAAAACCAAAAGGAAACAUUACUGGGAGAAUUAUAGAGAGUGGGAGAAGUCAGAUACAAUGAUACGGAAAAUGAACCAACACAGUAGGAGAGAAAGACGAUAAGAUUAUAAACACACAAGGAAACAAGCAACAGGAGGGAAAGACAAGACACAGAUGACACUAAUGACUCAUCAAAAAAAGGAGGGAAAAUAAAGGAAGUACAGCCAGACUUUACAUACAAGGGAACAGGAUUACAAACAAGUCAGGCUUUAUAUGGUGUUUAACUAUAGCUCUAAGAUGAUCAAAUACCUUUCGUAAUUUCCAGUUUAACCCAAAACAAAAACAGAACAUUUUAACUGCAGACUUCAUAGAUCAAACAUUAUUGAAAGAAAUUAUUGAUCAAUCAUCAAGAAUAUGGUGAUGGCGUUUGGAGGGGGUCACAAAUACCUUUCACUGGAGCGGAUGAUUUGGUGUUUCUAAAUGUUCUAAUUCAUCUGUCUUUAUUUUUGUGUUAUUUUCUCUAGAGGACCAAAGAAAGACUACUUUAGCGUGGAAUGAGAAAGAACUGUCCCCCUUCUUACCCUCCGUGUAGUUAAUCCAACUCACCUUGAAGAUGUUUGAGCUACAAGAACAACAUGAACCCUCAUCUGCACUGCUUUAUUUCUUCAAAUCUAGAUCAAGAAGAAAGCGAGAUAAUGUGAAUAUUGAUACACUGUAGACUGAAGCCUUGGAAAUAAGCAGGUGGAUUUCAAUAAGAUGUGAAUCAAAUACCAGCACUGUGCCACCAGAUGGCAGUUUAGUUUCAUUUAUCAUUUCUGUGUAAGUCUGAUGUUUUACCUGGGUUAGGUUUUAACAGGGUUUUCAUCCUUUUUUCAUUGCUUCUGAAAUUAUAAAGCAGCUGAUUGUAUCAUUUACUUGUGCGUGGCACAUAUGCACUGCAUAUCUUCUUUGCACUUUAAGUCAUUUUAUAUUUCUGUUGUUUCUGUUUGUGAUCUGUGACCAAAACUGUAAUCUUUUCCCAGGAAAGAUCUGGUUCUACUGUAACCUGAGCCAAAAGAAAACAAUACAGCUUUCAGUACAAUGUC